AGUGUAAGCAGGCUGCACUGGCUCUCCUAAAGAAGUAGGAACAAGAUGAUUCUGGCAGGAAGCUGCUCCAUAUACAGAAAGGCAAGGAAGUGCUGGGGAAGCUGCCAGGAAACCUGUGAGGCUCAGCGGUCCUUUCGUUCCUCCAGAGCUGCGUUCCCUGAUGGGCCAGGAUGGAGAGUCCCAGCUGCAUCCUGAAGCAAAAAGCAACCGAGAGGCAUCACAGAGCUGAGGUCAUGAUUGCAGGGGAACAACUGAGACUUCGUCUACAUGAUGGCAAGCUUAUUAAGGACAGGCGCUAUCACCUUCGCACCUACCCCAAUUGUUUUGUGGCCAAGGAACUCAUCGAUUGGCUAAUCGACCACAAAGAGGCACCGGAUCGAGAAACGGGCAUUCGGCUGAUGCAGAAGCUCAUGGACCAUUACAUUAUCCACCACGUUUGCGAUGAACAUUUUGACUACAAGGACGCCAAGCUGCUGUAUCGCUUCCGCAAGGACGAUGGGACCUUCCCCCUCAACAAAGAUGUCAAGGUGUUCAUGAGGGGUCAGAGCCUGUAUGAAAAGUUGAUCAGUGUGGAAGACACCUUCUUGAAAGCCAGAGAGGAGAAUUCGGUGAAAUACCAAAGGACCUUUCUCGGUUGUGAAAUGGUCGAUUGGAUGGUCCAGGAAGGGGAAGCAGCCAACCGGAAAGAAGCCGUGGAGCUCUGCCAGACUCUCCUUGAACAUGGGAUUAUCCAGCAUGUCUCUGUCCGGCAGCAUUUCUCCGACAGCGACCUCCUCUACCAGUUUCGCAUCAAUUUCCGCCGGAGGAGGCGUCUCACGGAGCUGCUUAACGAGAACUCCUCCAGGGCCCUCUUGGACAGCCCGGACAGCCCCUUCUGCCUCCGGAAGCUCAAUCCUGAGCCGAACAGUUCUAGCUUCCUAUCAGUUCAACCCAAUAAGGAAAUCAAAAUCAUCUCAGCGGUUCGAAGGAGCAGCGUGACCUCGCUUGCUGGGGGGUCUAGUUCCUACUUUGGUAUCUCUCCAAGUCCGGGGUUCCCGCCCACCGUGGAGUGCAACCCCAAAUCUGUGUUAAAGAGACAUGUCACCAAUGAGGAGCUUCUGGCCCCUGGAGCUCCAUAUAUCAAGAAAACGCUCACGAUUGUGGGGGAUGCGGUCGGUUGGGGCUUUGUGGUCCGUGGAGGCCGGCCUUGCCACAUCCAAGCGGUGGAUCCUGGAGGACCAGCGGCGGCGGCUGGCAUGAAGGUAUGCCAGUUUGUGUAUUCUGUGAACGGGGUGUAUGUUUUACACUUGGAUUACCAAACCAUCAGUAGCCUCAUUAUGACGGGACCACGAACUCUUGUGCUGGAAGUUAUGGAAGGUGUUGAAUGACUGUAAAGGCAUAUGUUCCUUCUAACAGUUUCAUGAGACCAAGCAGACACUUGGGGACGGACACAAUUGUACUGUCAUGCAUUGCUUUUCUUUGUUCCACUGGGUCCUGAAAAGUGUGGAAUACAUCAGCAUCUGUGUCCACACGUGCUCAGAAGAUCCAGAGAUGAAGUGAAACGAAAGGAUUCUCCUGAAUGUCUUUGUCAUUUGUCAAAUAGUGUUGGGUUGUGUGGCUCAAUCCAGGCAGUUACCACCUCUCUUCCUUGAUAGGUCUCUUGCUUCCAUAUUCUCACGAGAGGGAGUGUCAGGAAGAGGAAGUGCACCCCCUCAUCACUUCCUCUUCUCUUGCUUCCUCGGAUUCUUCCUCACCCCAAAUCCACUUUUGAAGGUUGGCAUGGUCAUGCUAAAAAAGAAAGGAAAGGGGGGAGGGAGAACAUCUCAAAAGGAAACAGCUUAAACACUCUUAGAUGGCCAACGGAAGAGUCACACAAUGAAACAGAACAAAGAGGUCCAAAAAUAAACCAGGUUGGCAAAGCAAUGAAAAGGUUCAGAAAAUGGAGAAAAAGAAAUAAUAUGAAGUAUACAAGGGGAGCGUUGUCUAUAUGGUUAAGGGAACUGCCUUAUGACUCAUUUCUCAAAGGGGAACUUAAAGGGGUACAAAUGCCCUCUCCAGAAGGGCCCUCGCUUGAAACUUGUGGACGAAGGACUCUGCGUUAUGAUUCCUUUAUGAUUCAGAAGGCAUUGAGCCAUUUUCUUCAUUGACUCGUUAGGAAGUGGAAGAUGUCUUACAGAUCCUGAGAAGAUUUUUGAUCUCGAAAAGAUCUUUCCAUAGGGAGAAAGGGAGUCAAAGAAUAUGACAAAACUCUGUAGUAUUGCUGAUUUGAAUAUCUCUAUAACCCUAAGAAUGACUUGUUUUCUCUUUCAGAUGAGAUCAAAAAGAUAAUCAUUAUUUAUAGACUUGGCUUCAAACUUUAAUAAAAUGUGAUUUCCCUCUUCUCUCCCCCCCCCAAUAAAUAUA